UAAGCCUAUAAUCACUGGGUUGAGAAAACGUGGGCACAGUGUUACUAAGCGAGCACGAGCAAUCAGCUUUGGGCUCGUUCGGCCAGGUACCUCGGAAGAUUCGCCUAAAAGACCCGACAAAGGCAAAGGGAAAGCAGUCGCAUUCAACAUGGGGGCUGACGAGCCACCGAGGUCCCUUUCCAAAGAUCUGGAAAGAGGGCCAUCGGCUUUAGGUCGACAGCAAAAUGGAUCCAGCGUAUCGCUUCCGGGUGGUAUUGGAUCGCCUGUGUCUUCGAGUGACUCUUCCAUAAUGGGCGAUCCCAACCAGCCAGAACUAGGUGAAGAAUGGGGUCCUCAACACCCGUGUUAUCCGCAUCUGAACCCCCAUGUGCCUUUGAAUUCUCCGGAGUAUGCGAACACGCGUAUCAUCCGUAUACGGAGAGACUGGCUCAUAGAAGGAGAUUUGGCUCCUACCUUUUCGAAUCUUUACCCAGAAAUUCUUGAUCCAGCUGGUGUAUCAGAGCAACAGUUCCGUCUGGUCAUUGAGAAGCUCAAUGGAGAUCUCAUCACGAUAUUCAAUCCCUUCAAUUGGAGGAAUGUCAUCGAUGGUAUAUUAGGACUCCUCACCGGAUGGAUCUGGGAUGAUAUGGGCUUUACAUAUGCCAAAACUAGACUGCAGAGCUUGGAAGAUUGGAUCGAAAAAUGGAACGCAGAAAUGGAGAAAACAGUAGGCUCGGAGGAGGGUGCUCUUGCACCUAGGAUUGUCUCCUUAAGACGAACGGGAUAUAUGACUCGACUUUCAAAUACCAGAUCCAGAAAUAGCCCCUGCUUCAAGUGAGCGGUCAGGCUCGAGAUCAGGACCAAACGUAUUAGCUGAACCGAAACCAGCAGUAUUACCCGAAUAAAAAAAUGUGGCAUGUGUUGCCAUCAUCAUAACCCGCACUCGCCCAAUGUACAAAUACCUUUCAUUGCUCACUUCUACCUUACAAAUC